AUGAACAAAUGGUACGAACAUGAGGGAAACCAACCAGACGCAGAUGCCAAAUUGAUGUCUCCUCUGGUUUUUGAUAUGGCCUGUGUUCAGGCAGUGACGAUCUCGGUACUGGAGUGGUGGCACAUCGGAAAACUGCAAAGUACAUCGCCAAACAUAAACAGUAGUGGAUCUCAGCUGCCCUCUGGCCAAGUCCAACCCCGACGGAAGGGGAUUGUCCCGCCGUCACUUCCCGCCGACGCACAUCCUCCCGUGAUACUAGCCGCUGAUCCAUAUACGUCUGAAGCUUAUCGUCUCAGAACCUCUAGAUUGUGCUCCUCGUUGUCAUUUCGUGAGAUAGCUGAAGGAGCGGUACCCCCAAUCGCUGCCGCCUCCAAUGAAAUAUCUUCACCUUCCCCGGUCACAACCACUGAUGCAGAACCUCAUUCAUCCGCCGUAGAGAAGCGACCGAUCGACAUGGUGUUCUGCUCCUUCGCGCUCCACCUCAUCGAAGACCCAUCCGAGCUCUUCGCGCUCCUGUGGGAACUCAGCACAAAGUCAAAGUGGCUAAUCGUGAUCGCACCGCAUAAAAAGCCAGAGAUCAAGGAGGGGUGGGGAUGGACGAAGUGGGAUCCCGUCAAGUGGGCGCCGUGUCAAAUGCUCGACCAGCAGAACGAUAUCCUCCACGAGAGGUGA